AUUCUGAACGCACCGCUAGCCGUCAGCUGAUCUCUGUCAAUUUGACGUACGUGUGACGUCUCUAUAGUUUUCAUUACGAAACAAACAUGCUAUAAAAUGAAUUUUCUAUGGAAUUCUCCAGCGCAGGCCGCGCGGCGUGCGGCCCUCCGAGUUCGCAGCUAGUAAAUAUUCAAUAUGAUAACAGAACAUUUCGAGUGAAUAAUAAAGGAAGCUAAGUUUCAGAUAAACACUUCUAAGACAAAUGAUGAACUCGGCAAACAUUACAGUUAUGGCAAACAAAAAACUCCAGUCCUAAAAACCUUGAAAGAAUACCUUGCCUUUGAAUACCUUGAAAGUGUGGUCCGUAUUUUUUCAAUAUGGACUUUGUGGUAGGUGGUAUAGCGGGGGUAGGCGCCGCUAUCUUUAGUAACCCGUUUGAUGUGGUGAAGACCCGCAUGCAGCUGCAAGGGGAGCUCCGGGCGCGGAGCCAGCAUGCAGUGCACUAUAAGAAUAUACCGCACGCUAUGUACACUAUUGUGAAACAUGACGGAGUGUCGGCGUUACAGAAGGGACUUGUACCUGCUUUGUGGUUCCAGUUAGUGGUUAAUGGUGUAAGGUUAGGCAUAUACCAACAAGCUGAUAACCAAGGUUUGCUAAGAGACGAGAAAAACAACACAAAGUUCACGAACAGCUUAGUAAUGGGUGCUUUUGCCGGCAUGAUUGGAGCGUUCUUCGGCAGUCCUCUACAGCUAGUUAAGACACAGCUGAUGUCUUAUUCUUCGGAAAAGAUAGCCGUUGGUACCCAACAUGCUCAUACGGGUAUGACAUACGCUAUGAGUAAGAUUUAUAAGAAGAAUGGGUUGGGAGGCCUAUGGAGAGGCGCUCAUGGAAUGAUGAUCAGGAACUCUAUAGGAUCAGCGACCCAGAUUGCGUCCUAUGCUGUAUGUAAAGAAUGGAUGGAUGAUAACGACAUGUUCCAACAGUCGAAGUAUCUAUCGGCAUUCGUCGCCAGUAACAUAGGGGCCGUGGUCAAAACCAUCUCCUUGACGCCAAUGGAUGUCAUUAUGACGAGAUUGUAUAACCAAGCCGUAGACGUAAACGGCCAAGGCCUCCUCUACAGCGGCAUAGUAGAUUGCGCCAAAAAGAUCACCAAGACCGAAGGUCUCCUAGCCUUUUACAAAGGUAUGGGGCCCUCUUACCUCCGUCAGGCGCCCCAUACGGUGCUCCUACUUGUGUUUUGGGAUAUGUUAAAAGAUGUUCAGAAGAGUUUCGAGAAGGCGUGAUGAUUUAGCAUUGUAUGUAUGGUGUGCUUUGACCUUAUACGGGCCGAUUUUUUUUUGUUAAGAUUUUUGUAUGUAAGAUUUGGAUAAUUAUGGGUGGGUUGGCAAGCUCCUAACCCCGGGCGGAAUAGCUACGACAUCAAAACUUGUCCAGAGAAAAAAAUAUAUAAUUUACCGUUGAGUUACAAGUAGGUAUACCAUACGUUUUCGUAAAUCAAAGGAAGACUUUUAGGGCAAAUACGGUAUAGAAUAGGGAACUAUCUACCAAAUUUUAUCGAAAUCUGACAAAAAAAUCGUCAAAAAAUUAAAAAUCGGCCCAUACGGUAUUUAGGCUGUUGUUUUAUGUCAGUUAUUUAAGCGUAAAGUUCAAUUUGAUCUGUUCCUAGUCAAUUGAUUAAAAUGGACUCUUGUUUCAUAGAAAAGUGAUAUUUAUGAACAAAAAAUAUUUACAAGUUUUCGUGAAAUGGCCCUAAAUGUUAAAGAAACAAAAUUGUAAUAGGUAUGUUCCUAAUGCAUUAUUUUUCUAUGAAACAAUUCCUAUUUCCUACCCAUAUAAAGUUAGAAUCAAUAUUCAAUAUUUCAACAUGCGAAAGAUUAAAUAAUAGGUAAUUAUAAUAUUUGUAAGUAGGUAAUAUCUACGCCCCAUGUGAUUCACACGUUUUUAAAUUUAAUAGGGAUUCUAUAAUAUGUACAAUAAAUAUCAUGUAUGAUUCAUUCAUUGAUAUACAAACCUACCAUUCAUAUAGGUAUUGAGAUUUUUUAAUUGUAAAGAUCCGAUACGAUUUUUUCUAUACGAUUUUUUCUGUCUUUUUCAUUAGAAAAAGACGAGUACAUAAUAUAAUUUGUGCGUAAUACGGAUCAUUUGCGUUAGAGGCUCCGCCACCUUGUGGCCUAAAUCAGAAUUAAUAACUUGACAUUGACACUUCAAGUUAUUAAAACGGGACUGCCCCUUAAUAGUGCUUAUAGACGGGCGUGCCAGACCGCGACCUUGGCCUGUCCGCAAAUCUCUUUCUCGCUUUGACUCAUAGCUGCGUCCUUAACGAACCACCACUAGAUCGAACACGCCUCGGACCUUACCAAGGUCGCGAUGCGGUACGCUCG